AUGGCGGAGCCAGUCGCCAAGUCGCCAGCUCUGCGUGCGCUUCAGCGCGAGGACCCACCAGCCAUCCCCAGCGCACCGGGUACCGCCGCGUCUGUCCGCAGCGGCCGCGAUCUCAUGUCCAGCCGUGAGGACCAGCGCACCGUGUUUGUCCCACAGCCGCUGUUCGCGUACUGCACGUCGCCAGACUACACCGUGACAGCCGCGCUGGCGAAUUCGACCAUCGACAGCCCCGUGCGUGUCAUUGCCGAGCACCUCUUUGGCCUCGCGUGCGGCUCGUUCCAGCUCUGGACCGGCGAGCAGGACGUCCACUCCACCAGCACACCCAAGGGGGGUCCCGCCCUCAAGGGCGUCAAGGGGUGGCUUGGGCGGCUCAACUUGCGUUCGAAGCGUGCGACCGCUGCCGCUGCGGCGGAACACAAGACCCGUUCCGACAACGAGAGCUCGCGCACCAUGUCCGACGACUCGGAUGCGGAUCCCGCCACCGAGGACUAUUGGGCCAAGAUCAGACCCCUUACAGACAAGGAGCGCGCCGAGGUCCGUCGUUGUGGCAAAUGGCGCGGCGCCGAGCCCAGCGACAAGUUUCUGAAUAUCUACGCCCAAGCCUUGUUGACCCUGGAGAAGAAUGUACUCAACGGCCUCGUGUCGCCGUCACUCGUUGGCCAGAGCGGAGUCGUCCCAGUCACCAUCAUCAGCCACUCGUCAGACAUUGUGCAGCACUACUGCGACAUGAUUGUGCGGGCCGAACACGAAAUCUUCUUCACCACGAACGUGUGGGAGGCGAGCGAGUCAUCGCGCGCGAUUAGCACUGCCCUGAAGGAGCUGUCCCAGCGCGUCAUCGAUCGGGGUGGCGACAAGAUUGUCAUGAAGCUCAUGUAUGACCGCGGAGUACCCAAAGAGGGGCAGGCGCACCAGACCGUCGUGCCCAGCGUGUACACGGCCGAGAACAUUGGCUUGCCUGCGCCACAGGAUAUCCCAGGUGUCCACCUGGAGGUGCAAAACUACCACAUCCCUCCCGUGGGCUCGUUCCACCAAAAGACAAUCGUGAUCGACCGCAAGGUCGCGCUUCUGAGUAGCAACAACGUCCAGAACCGCAGCGACGUCGGAUUCAUGGUCCACCUCGAAGGACCCAUCGUGCAGUCCAUCUACGACUCAUCCAUUCUUGCUUGGUGGCGGUCUUUCAACCCUCGCUUGCCAUUGCUUGCGAAUCCUCCCGAGUACUCGGAUGACCUCGACCGCAGUGGGUUCCAGUUUGGCACCGAGCACGCCGGCGUGUCGAUCAAGGGCGACCUGUCCGCGAUGGCCGAGCGUUCGCGUCUGCGUCUGUCACGGGCUCCGUCGGCGAACACGACGCCCCUCAACUCGGUUACGCCUGUGAGGAGCAGGAGCAUCGGUUCUUCUGGCCGUUCCCAUAGCCGGGUAGCGAGCCCCGCGGGGUCGGCGCUGAACGGUUCGGCGGUCCCACUCGUGCGGCCCACCAGUGUCGCCACCAGCGUCGCCUCUGGGAGCCUGGGCCCCAAGGACCUCGUCCCCGUGGUCGCCACGCUCGGCUUGGAGAAUGGGCCCCCAUCCAAUACCACGUCGUCCCAGAGCUUGACGCCGGUACCAAACGGCUCCGCCGACGCGACUCCGUUCAACCCCUUGGUGGUGCACGCGCCCCACGACCCAUUCCCUAUUGCCCUUGUCAACCGCACCCCGCGCGGCCGCCGGGGCCACGGCGACGCAUAUGUGCCGCAGAACCAGGCGUGGCUCGCCGGCUUCAAGUUUGCCCAGAACAGCGUGUUCAUCCAGACCCCUACCUUUAGCGCGCGCCCCACAGUGGCCGCGGCACUGGACGCAGUGCGCCGCGGCGUCGUGGUGGAGAUCUACGCCGACUUGGGCAUCUCGGACGCCGGCGAGGGGUCCGCCGAGGGAACGACCAACCAGACCGUCGCGGCGUACAUGUACGCGCAGCUCACGGCGGCGCAGCGCCCCAACCUCCGGAUAUACUGGUACACGGCCAAGGGGGAGAACACGCCGUUGUCGUCGCACACGUGCCACAUCAAGCUCAUGAUUGUUGACGAGCAGAUUGGCGUACAGGGGAACGGACGCCAGGACGCGAGCUCGUGGUACCACGCGCAGGAGAUCAACAUCCUCAUCGACUCGGCGCAGGUGUGUGCCGAGUGGCGCCGCGGCAUCGACGCCAACCAGGACACACGGCUGCACGGCCGCGUGGGUGAGGACGGCGUGUGGCGCGACGCAGACGGGUUGACGCUGCCCGUCCCCGCGCCCACGCCGCUCACGGCGCAAGUCUCGCCUGUGGCGCGUAAGGUUUAG